GUUUCCAAAAAAGUUAGAAUAACUUCCUCUCUCGGAGACCUCGGUUUUGCACAAGCCGGCCUUGAAAUCAGAGCCUUUCCAGCAAGCCCGAGAUCGUGUGCUCGGCGGCUGCGGGCUCGGCCAGCGGCGCGCGCUCGGCGCCCCGGCGCCCCCAGCCCCACGCGCGCCGGGCGGGCGCCAUGGAGGAGGGCUCUAGCUCGCCCGUGUCCCCCGUGGACAGCCUGGGCACCAGCGAGGAGGAGCUCGAGCGGCAGCCCAAGCGCUUCGGCCGGAAGCGGCGCUACAGCAAGAAGUCGAGCGAAGAUGGCAGCCCGACCCCGGGCAAGCGCGGCAAGAAGGGCAGCCCCAGCGCGCAGUCCUUCGAAGAGCUGCAGAGCCAGCGCAUCCUGGCCAACGUGCGCGAGCGCCAGCGCACCCAGUCGCUCAACGAGGCCUUCGCUGCGCUGCGCAAGAUCAUCCCCACGCUGCCCUCGGACAAGCUCAGCAAGAUCCAGACGCUCAAGCUGGCCGCCAGGUACAUAGACUUCCUCUACCAGGUCCUGCAGAGCGACGAGAUGGACAAUAAGAUGACCAGCUGCAGCUACGUGGCCCACGAGCGCCUCAGCUACGCCUUCUCCGUGUGGCGCAUGGAGGGCGCGUGGUCCAUGUCCGCCUCCCACUAGCGCCGCGCCACCCACCUCCGGACCGGCGCGCCUGGACUGUCCCACACAUCUGAGGUGUGAGUGGGACUGGGAUGCAUCUGAGUCUGUAUCUUCUGGAACCUGAACAACCUCAAGGAGGCACCACCUCCGCUCUCCAGCAAGGCGUUGAGACGUGGGACAGCAGCGGCUUCGAACACAAGAGCCGGACUUCACCCUCCUCCCCCAGGACAGUCCCCGGAUGGGAAGGGCACUCAAGGCCCUCUUGCCAGUGACUUUGUCAUUGUCAUCUUUGUCCCUGUUUGGACUUUUCCUCUGGGUUUUGUGUUUGGGUGGAGGUUUUAUUCUUUCUGAAAAUCUCUAGAUUCAGGAACAUCUUUAUGAGGAUUUGAAGUUUUGAAUUUGUAUUUCCCUCUAAGUGCCUUUUUUAAUGUAUUUUUUGAAAUAAAACUGAAAUGCGUUCUUGUACAAUUCUGUUUAAACUGGACCAAGGCUCUCAGAAAAGGAACCUCGGGUUCCCUCCCCUCCCCACAGCUCUGCAUGAUUGUUUCAAGUCAGCCUGGAAUUCCCAUUCUCACACCGCUAGUCUUUUUCUUUCUCCAUGAUUUGCUCAACUAUCCUUUUUUUUAAAAAAAAAUAUUUUCUGUUUCAGUGUAUAUGUUGCUUGUUUGUUUUAUUUAUUGAGAUAUUUUUACAAGCUAAGUGACUGCAAUGUGGCUGUGUAUACUGCUCCCCUGCCCAGGAAUAAUAAAGACUUCCGAGCAGCCCUGG